GCUGUCUCUGCUUCAGGAAAGAAGAAGAAUUCUGGCAGAAGCACUUCAAUGAAGCACAGACUGGCUUUGUUGGCUGAUCACGACAAUGACACGCCACGGACUAUAAUCAGGCGAAUCAUCCACACCCAACCACAAGUUUCACCUGUGGCACUUGAGAUAUCUCAACAUGAAGAAACGAAAGAAGCUCAAUCAGAACCCCCAUCUAAGAGGACUUCCAGCACGGUGGAAGUGCAACUGCCAGACCUUCCUCCUGAGGAGACUUCUGUCACCACAUUCCGUAUGACUAGGAAGAGAAAGAAACUCAGCAUUUCUGAAUUUGAGAGAGCAGCAGACAAACAACUUCCCCAGAACCAAGCUCAGUCAGCAUUGGACAGCACUACUUUGACUCGAUCUGUUCGCAUGUCUUUUGGUUCCUUGAUCCCACCAGACACUGUUGAAAGGAGAGGCUUGCUCCGGAGGCCAAAAAAUCGCAAACCUAUUGACAUAGAAGCUUUUGAAGACGGAGUGAAACAGAACAUGCUGAAGAGAAAAGCACGGAACUAUCUUGUGGACUCACAUACAGCAUCUGGGACUCAAACAGCCAUCCUGACAAGUGAUGCAGAAGUCAUGCUGAGUAACACGGAGCUCUUUGUUCAGCCUCAGUUUGAUGAACAGAGCCAAAAUAAGCUUUCUGCUCUUGAACCACCGCUAUCGAGUACAAAAACUCCAGCACAGAGAAGCAAGAUUUCUCAUGCAGCUCAAGAAGAAGCAAGGCCGGUAGGCCUGGUAUCCAGUGUGGACACAAAUGAGGGAAAGAUUCAAAGAUUUUCUGAAAACUUAAUCCUUGAUCGUGAGCACGUUGGCAGAAUGACUCCAAAAACACCUGCAAACCAGCGAGAAGAUAAGCAAGAUCAUUCUUAUCGAAGUAACUCAGUGAAACAGCUUUCUGGUUCAGAGGAGAUGGUGAUUGGCA